AGUACACACCCGCUUGGCACCCCAGGUACUUUACAGUCGGGAUCACCGAGUGGCACCAUGUCGGGAUGGCGACGGUAUUUAUAUGCAGGAACACGAGAGACACAAGCCAAUUGAGAGGGCUGUGAUGGAGUUGAACGGUAUGAGCUGCUAAGUAUGGUGGUCGGAUGGCAGCUAGUCAGGCGUGCAGGCACAGGGAAGAAACAGAAUUGGAGGGCUGGUCUGAAACAAGGGACCUGGAUCAGAUUGCCUGAGAAACAGCUCUCUCUGGGGACUGUAUUUUGGGGCCGUGCUUAUAAAGAGCUCGUUGCUUGCCCCUUCCGCCAACUCUCAUUUUCCCUCUCUGCUCCUCCAUUGAUUCACUCCAUAUAUCUUCUUUUCGCUUCUUAAUAGCUCCUGCAUCUGCCAGGCUGAUAGACAUCACGAAGCUUGCGACCCAUCUGCUUUCAUUUCAUACUCAAGUGUUGAGGAUACCCCGUACACUAUUUACACGACAAGAUGUGUGGCAUUUUCGGCUACGUCAACUACCUGGUGGAGAAGGACAGAAAGACAAUUCUUGACACUCUCGUGAAUGGUCUUGCGCGUCUCGAGUACCGUGGAUAUGAUUCAGCUGGUCUGGCAAUCGACGGAGACAAGAGAAACGAAGUGUUCGCUUUCAAGGAGGUUGGCAAGGUCGCCAAGCUGAAGCAGCUCAUCGAGGAGGAGAAGCCCGAUCUUACAAAGGUCUUUGACGCACACGCCGGUAUUGCCCACACUCGUUGGGCCACCCACGGUCCCCCUUCGCGUGUCAACUGCCACCCCCACAGAUCCGACCCCAAGUGGGAGUUCGCCGUCGUCCACAAUGGUAUCAUCACCAACUACAAGGAGUUGAGAGCUCUGCUCGAGACCAAGGGCUUCAGAUUCGAGACCGAGACCGACACCGAGGCCAUCGCAAAGCUGGCCAAGUACAUCUUCGACGAGCACCCGAACAUCGAUUUCACCACCCUCGUCAAGGCCGUCAUCAAGGAGCUCCAGGGCGCCUUCGGUCUGCUGCUCAAGUCAAUCCACUUCCCCACCGAAGUUGUCGCUGCCCGCAAGGGUUCUCCCUUGGUCAUUGGUGUCCGCACACAGAGAAAGAUGAAGGUCGACUUUGUCGAUGUUGAGUUCGGCGAGGAUGGCCCUCUCCCCGCUGAGGCUGCUUCCCAGAACGUCGCAUUGAAGAAGUCCAACAACCUCCUUGCUCCUCCUGACAAGAGCCUGCUCCACCGCUCUCAGUCGCGCGCUUUCUUCUCCGAAGACGGUGCUCCUCAGCCCAUUGAGUUCUUCCUGUCCUCCGACCCAUCCGCUAUUGUCGAGCACACCAAGAAGGUCCUUUACCUCGAGGACGACGACAUUGCCCACAUUCACGACGGUCAGCUGAACAUCCAUCGUCUGUCCAAGGACUCUGGCGCCUCCAACGUCCGUGCCAUUCAGACCAUUGAGAUUGAGCUCCAGGAGAUCAUGAAGGGCCGCUACGACCACUUCAUGCAGAAGGAGAUUUUCGAGCAGCCCGAGUCGAUUGUCAACGCUAUGCGCGGUCGUCUUAACACCGAGAACAAGACCAUCACUCUUGGUGGUCUCAAGCAGUACAUCACCACCAUUCGUCGUUGCCGCAGAAUCAUCUUCAUCGCUUGCGGUACUUCGUUCCACUCGUGUAUGGCUGUUCGCGGUGUUUUCGAGGAGCUGACUGAGAUUCCCAUCUCGGUCGAGUUGGCAUCUGACUUCCUUGACAGACAGGCCCCUGUCUUCCGUGACGACACUUGCGUUUUCGUUUCUCAGUCUGGUGAGACUGCCGACUCCCUCUUGGCUCUCCGUCACUGUCUCGAGCGUGGUGCUCUGACCGUCGGUAUUGUCAACGUUGUCGGUUCGUCCAUCUCGAUGAUGACCCACUGUGGUGUCCACAUCAACGCUGGUCCCGAAAUUGGUGUCGCCUCGACCAAGGCCUACACCUCUCAAUUCGUCUGUAUGGUUAUGUUCGCUCUGUCUCUUAGUGAGGACCGUGCUUCCAAGCAAGCCAGAAGAGAGGCAAUCAUGGACGGUCUUGGCAAGAUAUCUGAGCAAUUCAAGGAGAUUCUCCAGCAGGAUCAGGACAUCAAGAACCUGUGCCUCAAGUUCAAGAACCAGAAGUCCCUGCUUCUCCUUGGUCGUGGUGCUCAGCACGCCACUGCUCUUGAGGGUGCUCUGAAGAUCAAGGAAAUUUCCUACCUUCACUGCGAGGCUGUCAUGUCUGGUGAACUCAAGCACGGUGUGCUUGCUUUGGUCGACGAGUCUCUUCCCAUUGUCAUGAUCCUCACCCGCGACAGCCUCUUCGCCAAGUCAUUGAACGCUUACCAGCAGGUCAUUGCUCGCAAGGGCCGCCCCAUUGUCAUUUGCAGCAAGGGCGACAGCGAGUUCCCUGGUGACAAGACCGACAAGAUUGAGGUUCCCCAGACCAUUGAUGUUCUGCAGGGUCUGCUCAACGUCAUUCCUCUUCAACUCAUGGCCUACUGGUUGGCCGUCGCUGAGGGCUUGAACGUCGACUUCCCCAGAAACUUGGCCAAGAGUGUCACUGUCGAGUAGAUGCGGCAUCUCUCUUUACCAAGAUUUAGCACAGAACUCUUUCUCGUUUUUAUUGCAUGGGAGCUCGGAUGAAGGUUAUGGGGAGUUGGGAAACAACCGGAGUAUACAUGGAAAUGGGGUCAUCAAAGUCUGUCUGUCUCUUUGCUCUCAGGUGUUUACCAGAGAAUAUAUCGAAAAUGCAUUUAAACUUCAC